AUGGAGAUGGUGAAGACGCCUUGCCAUGCUAGCAGUCAGCAGCUGUGCGUCACUGCAAGGGAAGGAUGUCUGGAAGGACAUUCUGCUGUCUGGAUUCUUCUUGCCAUAGUUGCCUCGGGGUGUUUUGAAGUCUUAUGCAUCUAUUGUCAGUCAGGCCACAUUGAAGAGCCUUAUGUCAGCAUCACCAAGAAGCGACAAAUGCCAAAAAAUGGCCUCUCAGAGGAGAUUGAGAAGGAAGUGGGCCAGGCAGAGGGCAAGAUGUUCACCCACCGAUCUGCAUUCAGCCGGGCAUCAGUGAUCCAGGCUUUCCUAGGCUCAGCCCCCCAGCUGACCCUGCAGCUAUAUAUAAGCACCUUGCAGCAGGACAUCACUGUUGGAAGAAGUGUCUGCAUGUUACUAUCCCUAUUGUCCAUUGUGUAUGGAGCCUUGCGCUGCAACAUCCUAGCCAUCAAGAUCAAGUAUGAUGAGUAUGAUGUAAAAGUGAAGCCUCUGGCCUAUGUCUGCAUCUUUCUCUGGAGGAGCUUUGAGAUUGCCACUCGAGUCAUUGUCCUGGUCCUCUUUACAUCUGUCCUGAAGGCCUGGGUGGUACUGGUAAUACUCAUCAACUUCUUCAGCUUCUUCUUAUACCCCUGGAUCCUCUUCUGGUGCAGUGGUUCCCCAUUUCCUGAGAACAUCGAGAAGGCCCUCAGUCGAGUGGGCACCACCAUCGUGCUGUGCUUCCUCACCUUACUUUAUGCCGGCAUCAACAUGUUUUGCUGGUCAGCUGUGCAGCUGAAAAUCAACAGCCCCGACCUUAUCAGCAAGUCUCAGAACUGGUACCGGCUACUGGUGUACUACAUGCUGAGAUUCAUUGAGAACUCCUUCCUCCUCCUUAUGUGGUAUCUUUACAAGACUGACAUCUAUAUGUAUGUGUGUGCACCUCUGUUGAUUUUGAAGUUGCUCAUUGGGUAUUGCACAGCCAUUCUAUUCAUGCUGGUAUUCUAUCAGUUCUUCCACCCUUGCAAAAAGCUCUUUUCCUCCAGUGUUUCUGAAAGCUUUCAGCGGUGGCUAAAAUGUAUUUGCUGUCACUGCCGGUGGCAGAAAUCCUCAGAUUCUGUGGGAAAGACAGAUGUAAGGUCAUCCGGAGACAGAGAUGAAACACCUUCUAGUAGUAAAAUAAGUUCUAUGCCUAGCCAGAUCUUGAAUGCUGAUGAUCUCUGCUCUGCUUAAUAGGACCUGAGUUUCUUGGGCCAAAGACAUAUUGUUUUUUGGGUUGAUUACUAUUCUUCAUACAAGUGAUGAGCCCCACACAGUAAACAAAGCAGGAAGUUAGCUCUCACCUCCUUGUGAGUUACUCCCAUUUAGAGAAUACUUGGGUGUGUGAGAACUAUGGAGAGAAGCCAGGGAAACUUCUGAGGGUUAGAGGAGCAGUCUAAGGCACCACCAUUCACAGUUGACCAUGUUCACCCAGGCAUUACUGUGUAUGUGUGUGUGUGUGUGUGUGUUUUUCACUGACAAAGUACUCAUGAUAUCUGAGUUGAGCUGGUUAGAUUUAUAAUGAGCACAGGGGCUUUCUUAUUUUCUAGUUUUCUAGACUUCUAGUCUGUGUAGCCUAAUUUUUUUAUUAUCCCUGAGCAUAGUUUGCAUCCAAGAGCUGGCUUGAUGAUCAGCCAGCUGUGACUGUGUUUUGCCAUUGGCAACAUCAUUACUGUCAGAGUUUUCAGAGAGGGCUGUUCAAGUUUCAGUUUUGAAUAGACAGGUGUUUCAUUUUCAUUUCAUUAGGGCUCUUUUUAUAUAACCAACUGUAGCCAUCUUGGUCUGCUAUCUCUAAUUGAUUUAAAAGUCUAGAUUUGGAGACUUUAUACCCAAAGAUCCAUGGAUACAACAUUGAAUUCUAAAUUUCAUUAUGGAAGCCCUAGAAUUUUAGGAAAGUUAUGCGUUCCUUCAAUAUGUUGAAGUUCUGGAACAAGAGGGUUGUUAAAACAUCAAAAUUAUGUAGGCUUUUGUAAGCAGAAUUCUUAACUUCUUGGGAAGGUUGAAGAUGUGAAUCAGUAAGAAGGUAGGCUUAAACCUCUUCAAGGUUUAGUCCUGUCCUACAAUUCUGGGGAAUUUCUAGUAGAAUUUGCUAGGAUUUGCCUUCUUAAGAAAGAAGAAAAUAAAACUCAUAGUCUUUACUCCACUUCUUCCUUACCUGUUAGGAAAUUUGAAGACAAUAUGUACUUUGGUUAGGUUAAAAAAAAGUUAUUUUGGUUAAGUUUUUCUAGAAAACUCUACAGAAAUCUUUCAUCUACACAGGUAUAUAGGACAUUUCAUUUUUUAUUAGUUGAAGGAAAAAGGAUUAUUUUUUCUCCCCCCAAGUUAGAUGUUGACUUCAGAAACUUAAAUUAUAGAAAGUGAUGAAAUGACCAGAAGAUAUUUGUCUUUAACUGAAUGCAUUUUGAUUUGGUGUUGUUAUUAUUUAAUUUGUACAAGAUCUCCAAUUUUAUCCUUCUAUACUCUCCGAUCUUCAGUAUAAUUUCUGAAUCCUAUUUGCUUCAUAAAAGGAUUGUGUAGGAUAUCCUUAGUUGUCUUGGGAAAAUGCCUGGAUUUAAUGCCCACCAUAAGAACCUUGAUAAUGAAAUACCUAGAAGCAGGUGACCUGUCAUUAAGUAGGCUGUACAUUACAGGUCAAUCAGAGUUGACAGUCUAAAUACUUGGCUGAACUUUCUGACCAAUCCAGAUUCUAAUGGGCAGACUCUGAGGGGACAAGUUAAAAAUGGUUAGUUUGAGCAGGAAUAGUUGUCAGAAUUAUACAGGGAUGGAAAGACUGGUACUUCCCAGCCUUGGUUUGGAAGCUUGUCUUCAAAUACAUUUUAAAUCAUUUCAAUGUAGAAAAUAGGUAAGCAUUUUUGAGUGAUCUCAAAUCAAACUAACAGUGAUGGCCUGUCAGAUUCUCAAAGCCCAAUUAUAAGCCACUUAUAUCAGGACAAAGAAGUUUGGUAACUAAAUUGGACAUUUUGUCAUCUUUAAGCCUUAUAUACAGAUACCCUUGCUUUGGGGCCAUGUGUGUCCAUUCAUUUUGGGGGAGAGAAACCACUAAUUUUUUUUCUGUAGGGUGAAAAUUUGUCAUGGUGAACUGAAAUGGUAAAAUUAUAGUUCAUACUGCAGAUCUAGGUUGACCUAAAACAAAAAAACCAGCAGAUUCCCUCACAUGUUGAGAGUUAAAAUGUGGUUUUCAGUUAGAAUUCCAAUUUUAAAAACUCUCAAUGCUUUGUCUAAAUUAUAUGCCACAACUUGUCAUGACAGCUGCUCCAGUUGAAUUAUUAUGAUUUCACUCGUUAGAAGUGAAGUAUUUCCCCAAAAUAUAUUGAAAUAAGAUCUUCAAACAUAUUUAGACUUUCUUCAUUACUGGAGACAGUGCAGUAUAGAGAUUGGCAUCUCCUUGUUAAGCCCUACAACUGCUUUAUGCUUCACUUUCCUUAUCUACCAAAUUUGGAUGAUAUACUUGCCCAGCCUACCUCACAAGGUUGUUGAAAAGAUCAAAUUAGUUAUAGAUUCGGAAAUAUUUUUAAAGUGCCAUGUAUAUUGAAGGAGUUUUAUUAUAGUUAUUCAAAUCCAUAAACAGGUUAUUAUUAUUUUUUUACUGUUAGAAAAGAAACAACAUCAUCCACAUGAGUGUCUCUAGUAAAUAUGUUGGCAUUUGGACUUAUGGAAGGGCAAGUGUAAAUUGCCUUUACUUUUGGGGAAAACUCAGCCCUUGCCCAUCUCUUACCAUUAGUUACUUACAAAAAUUCUCACACAGUUCUUGGAGUGAAAAGGCCCACUGCAACCUGAGAAAUUGUUUUUGAUGGCAGAUGAGUAUCAUUUUUGUAUCUUAUCAUCUUUCAUAAGGGACAUGAUAGUCUCUUUUGGUAAUUUACAACUUGAGUGCUUGAGAUCCUGCUCCACUUUAACUGAAUGUGGGUUUAAUCUUUUCAGCCUUGUAAAUGGGAAAAUGCUGCAUUUCCUUGGAAACCACCUUGGAAAAUUAGUGCUAAUGUUAUAUGUGAAUGUGUCAGUACUUCUCAGCCAGUAAAUUGUGAAUGUGAGUUUUAUAGGCUGCUUCUCUGUAGCCAUUGAUGCUAAUAAAUGUUGUUUAUGUUUCUUCAUUUAAUAAAUUACUUUUGCAAUUUC